UUGCCGCCUACAGGGGUCGUAUCCUCGUGGCCAGCAGCGCGAGCACGGUCCUCCACAGGUUAUCCCAAAGACCGCUGCCCCCCGACGCGGCCUCCUUCGCCAUCCAGCUUUUGUCCAGGUGGUCCCCGAUGAGCCGCAGACGGGACGCCAGCACCCGAGCCGCGCAGCAGGUGGGCGUGCGUGCGGCGUGCGCGGCCACGAGAGGCUUGGCGGGCCAACAGCACAUCGUCGUCGUCUUCUUCUUUCUCCUGAUGAUGAUGUCCUGUCCUUUGAGUGGUGCUGAUGAUGCGCGGUCCCUCUUCUUGUCUUCAAAGCUUAUUUGUUCACCACCCACUGCUUAAUUAUUCACAACGCGGUCACGUGAUGGGAGUUGACGUCAUCUCUUGCCGAACGCUAGAGAACCCUUACCUCUUGAAACAAAAUUGCUACUCCUCAAACCCUGUUAUUAUCUUGUAGUCAUUUCCACUGAGCUUUAAUCUUUGUUAUUUGCGUAUAUAAACUAGCAAUUUUAGGCCUAAAAUAUUUACUCACCCCCCCAGUCGUGACUUUUAGAAUGAAACUAGAUCCGGAACAAAUAUUUCCUUGACUGUCGUUCCUUGCCGCACACUUUAAAGCAUAGGACUCGUGUUUGUUUUGUCUCCAUAAUUUCCGUCCUUUGGUCUCCCCUUCCCGUUUUAACUCAUAUUCUUGCUACUUUGCAUAUUCUUAUUUAUUCUCUUUUUGAACACAAUAAUUACUUUACAUUUUAUUCGUAAUGUUUGUACACUAUGGCCGAGGACGAACUCGCUGAGUUCAGGGACCGCUGGAAACGUGAGCUGUGCAGUCAAAAAGAGGACCUUGUUCCUUCCUCCGCUUCCAGGAGUGAUCCUAGCCUUUCGGGUCAGAGUCCAUCCAGAGAAAUCCGCAAUGAAGACUCAAAUAACACAGACAGGGAGAUAAUUAAGUCAGAAAAGGACGGUGGGAGAUGUUUGGACGUGGAAGAGGGGGAGCCCGGCUAUGUGUCCAUUGCCAGGAGUUUGCUGGACGGAAGGACCAGCCCCAUUCUGAACAGACUCCAGGAGGAAAGGAGCAGGAGGAAGAGGCAGUACCGGGACGUGACGGCAGCGUGCAGAGAGUCCCUGAAGCAUCCUCAGACGAAAGUCAAGAAAGAUGAGCAGCUGGUGGAUCAACUCAUUCAAGAUCUGAAUGAGGCCAACGACAUUCCUUUCUUUGACAUUGAGCUGCCAUAUGAGUUGGCCUUGAAGAUAUUCCAGUAUCUCAACUGUGCUGAACUUGGUCGCUGUGCUCAGGUGAGCAGGGCGUGGAGAGUCCUGGCCGAGGACAGCGUUCUGUGGUUCAGGAUGUGCACGAGGGAGGGCUAUCACCAGGGCGCCAUUGUGUCCGACUCCCCCUGCUGGAAGAGCACGCUGCGAGACUGCAGGAACGCUGCCAAAACUGUGCGCUCCAACUGGAAGAAUCGUGUUGGAUCCAUUAGUCAGCUGCAGUUCGAGCUGGGCAAGGUGCUGUGCGACGUCAGCUCCUGUGACAGCUACGUCUUGGCAGGCUACUCUUCUGGGGACGUGAGGCUGUGGGACACGCUGCACUGGGACCUGCCGUCGUCAUACCUUAAGUCCAACCGGCUGUCCGCACACUCCGAGCCCAGACCUCACGUUGCUCAUGUCCAGGUCAGCGGCAACGUGGCAGCUGCCGCCUACCACGAUGGUUGCGUGGAUGUAUGGAGCACACAGACGGGCGGAGAGCCCAUUUACCACUAUCAGACGGCAGAGAGGAACCGGGUCUUGGCCUUGAGCCCAGAUGGUUCCACCCUGGCUUCUGCCGGGGGGUCCGAGGUCCGACUGGACGGUGCUGAUGAUCAUGGCUUGUGGAGGACGCUCGGUCUGACUCUGCUCCCCAAGACUGUCGAGAGCUUGAUGUUGGUGCCCAGCAGGGGGCAGCGAUGCAAGCUAGCCGCUGUAGCAGCUGCAGAGUGUGUGUAUCUGUUGGACCUCCAGGAAAAGGUGGAGGAUGAGGAUGAGGAGCCAAGGGUGCUUCACUCAGUCUACGGACAUCCCGUUACCUGCCUGGAUGCAUCCGACUCCCACGUCGCCUUUGGGGUGAAGAGCACCGGCUGGGCCAUGCACGACGGAGGCAACAAGAUCCACAUCUACAGUGUGGAGACGGGCAAGCCGGCGACGUGCGUCGGCAACUCGCCCGGAGAUUUCACCUGCAUCAACCUGCUAGACGGCCCCGCCCACCUGCUGGCGUGCGGCAACAAAGACAGGAGGGUGAGGGUGUUCGACCUCAGGACGGGCUCCUCCGUGGCGUCGCUGUACGCCCACCACCUGGGCGUCACCUCGGUGCAGCUGGACGACUGGAAGAUGGUCAGCGGCGGCGGUGAGGGACUGGUGUGCGUUUGGGAGAUGAGGAUGGCGACGAAACUGUGGGAGAUGCACAACAGACAUCCGGUGAGGCAUGUGCGUUUCAACACCAGCACUCUGCUCACCGCCAACAUUCCGGACGACAAGACUCCAAGGGGGGCGUGCAUCACCGACGACGACCUCACAGCGCACCGCAGGCACAGAGGAGUCAUCUGCCAUUACGACUUCGCCGAGGACGCCGGCGCUCAGGAGCAGCGCAUCCUGCCCAUCUGCAGGUCCGACUACACGGAAUCUCACGGCUACAACUACAACAUCGCCCUCACCGUGCCCUACGAUCGACUGAGGUGAGCUUUCCCAUCAUGCCUCUGAACGCUGCACAGUGUCAACAAUUGAAAUAUUUACCUGAUGGAGACUGUCGGGGGGGAAAAUCAUGACUUUGUAAUGUAAAAAAAAAUGCUCCAUUGUUUCAUUUUUGUCAGUACUUUUAUUAAAAGGUUUACAAAACAUGAACUUGUUUUUUACAUGAUUUAUUAGUGUGAUUUUAGUGCAGAUUAGUACAAUAAUAAUCAUAAAAUAGUAAUAGCACAGUGCGGGGGUGUCCAAAUGGUUUGCACUGAAGGCCACAUACUGAAAAAUGAAGAUAUGUUAAGAAGUUCUAAAUGUUUUAAGAAAAACCUGAUCUCAGCUUCGUCGUAUUGAUGGAAAAGCCUAUUAGGGGCAUCAACUUUUUAAAAAAAUACAUUGUUUUGUUUUUAGAUUCUUUUUUCUUAUUAUUUCAACUAUAUGCUACUAAAAUGACUAUUUUCCCUCAUAAUAUUACCAGUUUUGUCUUUUUUCUCUUUAUAUUUUGACUUUAUUCUCGUGAAAUUACAGCAUUUUAUUCAUUUCUCCUGUUUGUUGUUUUUAACAAUUUCCAACAAUAAUUUUCUUCUCGUAAUUCAGAACCUAUUUCCCAUAAUAUUUUUACUCUUUUAAACUUUUUUUAUUCUCAUAAAACUGCAACUCUUUUCUUGUUCGAAUACGACUUUUUCUCGUAAUAUUUUGACUUUAUUCUUGUAACUUUUCCUGCAGUCGGAUUUUCCAGAAAUUACAACUUUUUGUUGUUUGUUCCUCAGAAUACUACAACUUAAAAAAAAUCAAAUAUUAAAAACUUCAGGCUACUAAAAUUACUUUAUUUUUUUCCUCAUAUUAUUUGUUUUGUUUC